CGGGUCGCCUCACUAUACAAGUCCGCAUACCACCAGGCGAGGAGGACCUCUUGGUCGAGGGGAGCGAACUGAAAGGCCCAUGGAGUGAGUCGUCUUCAGCCCCUUAUGAGAAGUUCACCGCGGCUACUGCACAUCCACCAGCACUGCCCACCGUAAUACCGACAGGCAAGGCACACACCAGUACAGACCCAGACAUCAACAGCUUGCUGGACACCGGAGCGGGUCGCUUCCGUAUGCAAGUCCGCACACCACCAGACCUUUGUUUCUGUGAGAUAUGUCUUCAAGAUGGAGCAGGAAUCUAAGAUGCGCCUGAAAGAGUGGCUGAUAACUCAGAUUGACAGUAAACGAUAUGAAGGACUCAGCUGGGAGGAUGAAGGCAAAACCAUGUUCAGGAUCCCGUGGAAGCACGCAGCCAAGAAGGACUACAAACAGAAAGAGGAUGCAGCUCUGUUUAAGGCUUGGGCUGUGUACAAAGGCAAGCACAGGGAGGGGAGGGACAGAGCCGACCCCACAAUGUGGAAGACCCGUCUACGCUGUGCUCUCAACAAAAGUACAGACUUCCAGGAGGUCCCUGAGCGCAGCCAGCUGGACAUUUCUGAGCCCUUCAAGGUCUACCGUAUCCACCCAGACAAUGAGCCAGUCACAGCAAAAGACUCUGUUCAGGGUGAGCAUCCGGAGAUCAUCCAGCCUAAGAGGUCGAGUUCACCUCCUAGGACUCCCAUACUCCAGGACACGCAGCUUCAGUGUCAAAGGGAAUUGUUUCAAGCACGGAAAGAAGAAAGAAAUUUGACUGAGAACCUCAUGAGGGAGCACAUGUACUGUGAGUUAACUGCGAAGAGAACCCAGAGUCAAAGCUCUGCUGCUCUAUCCCUCCUCAGCCCCACACCCACUAUAUCUGACUUCCGCAUGCAGGUGAAGCUGUUCUAUCACGGUCAGAUGGUGAUGAAGGUGACCACCAGCAGCCCAGAUGGGUGUUUCAUCCUACAUGGAGGCGUCCCUUUGGGAAAUGAGAGGAUCUACGGGCCCUGUAGAGCCCAGCAGCUUGCCUUCCCUUCCCCGGCCUUGAUAUGCCUGCAGCCUGGCAUGGCUGAAGCAAUGGCCCGCCUCCUCUGUCAUCUGGAGAGGGGGGUCCUGCUGUGGGUGGCCCCAGAGGGGGUGUUCAUCAAGAGGUUCUGCCAAGGCAGGGUGUACUGGAACGGCCCCCUCGCCCAACACACUGAUAGACCCAACAAACUGGACAGAGAGAGAACCUUUAAGCUGCUAGAUAUGCCCAUAUUUGUCAGUGCGCUCCAGGCCCAUCUCCAGGGUGGGGGACCUGCCCCUCGCUAUGAGAUCGAGCUCUGCUUCGGGGAAGAGUUUCCGGACCCCAGCGUGCCCAAAACCAAGAAGCUGAUCAUGGUUCAGGUGGUGCCCUUGUUCGCUGUAGAACUGCUGCAGCGAUUCCACAUGGGAGAGACUGAGGAGAAGCGGCAUACUCUCACCCUCAACACAGAUAGAGAUGAGAUGUAGGAGGGCCCGGCCAGCCUCCAGCUGCUAACUCAACCCUGUGCCAGGACAGGCAUGAACAGUAUAUGAGGGCAUUAUCAAACCUUUGCUUUUUUCCUAUUAGUGUGAAAGACCUCGUCCACAGAGUACAACAAACAAUAGAGGAACCUUGGUGGAAAUGUAUGUUUGAUAACAGACUUAUGUAAUUAUUCUUGCUGCAUUGUAGACUUAUUUACAAUGCAUAUUUUGACCAUUCAAAUUAAUGUCUUUUUUCAUUGAAUUCACAAUAAAGUUGCUUGUUUUGUUUGGUAUACAGCCAGUCUAACAGUACUUAUCAGUUGCUGUCAAACUUGUGUGCUUUGUUAUAGAAAAUCAUUUUCACUGUAUGUUCAAUGAUUAUUUAAGUACUUUUGUACUUUUUAUGGAGCACUGUGACGAGAAUAAA